CCAUGUUAAAGGCAGAGUCUUGGUUUCAUUGGCUGACGGUACUGUGGCCAUAUUUCACAGAGCCGCAGAUGGCCAAUGGGAUCUGCUGAACUAUCACCUGAUUGACCUUGGCCGACCUAAGCAGUCUAUUCGCUGCAUGACAGUUGUUGCCGGCAAGUAUGUCUGGUGUGGGUACAAGAGUAAAGUCCAUGUCAUCAACCCACAGACCAUGGCUAUUGAGAAAAUCUUUGAUGCCCACCCCCGCAAAGAGAGCCAGGUGAGGCAGCUGUGUUGGCUGGGAGAUGGUGUCUGGGUGUCCAUCCGACUGGACAGCACACUCCGCCUCUACCACGCCUACACAUACCAGCAUUUGCAGGAUGUGGAUAUCGAGCCAUAUGUCUCGAAGAUGCUAGGUACUGGCAAGCUGGGGUUUUCCUUUGUCCGUAUAACGGCCAUGCUCAUAUCCUGCAACCGGCUGUGGAUUGGUACAGGCAACGGUGUAAUCAUAUCCGUCCCAUUGUCAGAGA